UUGUUCUCCCUGGGACGAUAGACCGGUCGCACAUUCGCGUACGCAGCCAUCCUUUGCACCAAGUUUUCUUGUCCGCUGUCUGUGCACGCGUUCUUAUUUUCAACACCGACACCAGAUCAAGUCUGGGUUUCGCUGUUCAGUGAACGUUCCGCCAACGGCUUGUUCUCAACGGCGAUUCGACCUGCUCUGGCUCUUCUAAUCUCACCAAUGCCUUGUUCUGCCACUGUCGCGCAGCGAUUGACGAUGUCUGGCACUACAGGUUGCUGCAUUGAUGGAGUACCCGCCCUUGGUUGACAUUGUCAAGGACCAAUGGCCAGCGGACGUAAUCGCACGAGCACAGGAGCUGCAGGCUGAGAUCGGCAGCGUCGGCGCAUACUCUCAUAGCAAGGGUAUCCCGCUCAUCCGGAAACACGUCGCGCAGUUCAUUUCAGAACGCGACGGGUAUCCGAGCGACCCAGAAGACAUCUUCCUCACCGCCGGCGCAUCCGCGGGCGUCGCCCUUCUCCUUAACACGCUCAUCACGCCGCACAAGACCGGCAUCCUCAUCCCUAUCCCGCAAUACCCACUCUACACCGCGACGCUCGCACAGUUCAAUGGCGUCGCGGUCCCGUACCACCUCUCCGAGAUCGACGGCUGGUCAACCUCGCUCGACGAGAUUCGUGCAGCGCUGAAAAAGGCCGAAAUCUCCAGUUCAGACAUCACCCCUCGCGCCCUCGUCGUGAUCAACCCGGGCAAUCCGACCGGCGCGCUGCUCGACCAGAAGACGAUGGACGAGCUCGUUCAGCUCUGCGAGGAGCACUCGCUCGUGCUGCUCGCAGACGAAGUCUACCAGGCGAACCUGCACCGGCCCGCAGAGCACCCAUUCCACUCGUUCAAACAGACCGUGCGCCGACUCAACUCGCCCGUCCCGCUCAUCUCCUUCCACUCCAUCUCGAAGGGCGUCUUCGGUGAGUGCGGUCGGCGCGGUGGGUACUUCGAGUGCUGCAACAUCCCCGCGGACGUGCGCGCGCUGCUCUACAAGAUGGUCUCCGUCGGCCUGUGCCCGCCGCUCUCUGGCCAGGUCGGCGUCGACUGCCUGGUGCGGCCGCCGAAGGACGGCGAGCCGAGCCAUGCGCUGUGGAAGCGCGAGACGGACAGCAUUCACGCGGCACUCGCGCAGCGCACGCAGCUCAUGGCUGCGCGGCUGAAUGCGCUCCCCGGCGUGUCGUGCGUGAACUCACCCGGGGCGCUCUACCUCUACCCGAAGCUCGAGCUCCCACAGGGCGCGGUCGAGGCGGCGCGGAAGCUCGGGAAGGAGGCGGAUACGCUGUACGCGCUCGAACUGCUGGAGGAGACGGGCAUCUGCGUCGUGCCCGGCUCGGGCUUUGGCCAGAAGGAGGGCGAGCACCAUUAUCGGCUGACGUGCCUGUGUCCGGGCGUGGAGGAGUAUGUGGGGAUGUUGGAGAAGUUCCAUCUGGGCUUCCUGAAGAGGUAUGGGGACGCGUGAAGGUGCAGUUUGCACGUCUUGUCGGAGAGUGUUUGUGGACCAAUUGUUAGAGCUCUGGGGACAGUCCUAGACGGUCGUUGCAGUGCGCUUCUUGUGUACGCGAACCUCCACUUCCCAGACGGCCGGUGGUGAUGGCCAAAUGGUAAAACAAGUACUCAUGUUGAGCAAGGCAAUGCGCGGUGUACUGAGCUAUGUCAGUGGAUGCGAGGCUACCGGCUAUGCCUUAUAUGCUGUUGGAUCGUCUGCCG